GGAUAAAGGACUCUGUGUCUCCUUUGUCUCCCCAGGGGAGCAGCAGCAUGGCCAGCGUGCUGUCCCGGCGCCUUGGUAAGCGGUCCCUCCUAGGAGCCCGAGUGUUGGGACCCAGUGCCUCAGAUGGGCCAUCAGGGGCUGCCCUGCCCUCGGAGCUGCAGGUGGAGCUGCUGGACGGUGCCGCUCCCCAGCCCUUCCUCGCCUCUAAGGACCCUCCCUGCCAAGAGCAGCCCAAGGAGGUCCUCAAGGCUCCCGGCACCUCAGGCCUCCAACAGGUGGUCUUCCAGCCUGGGCAGAAGGUUUACGUGUGGUAUGGGGGUCAAGAGUGCGCAGGGCUGGUGGAGCAACACAGCUGGGCAGAGGACAAGGUGACCGUCUGGCUGUUGGACCAGAAGCUGCAGAUCUGCUGCAGGGCAGAGGAAGCGUGGCUGGCAGGGCUGCAGGGCCCCGGCCCACAGGCACCACCCCUGGAGCCCGGAGCCCAGGCGCCGGCCUACAGGCCUGUCUCCAGGAACAUUGACGUCCCAAAGAGGAAGUCGGACGCGGUGGAAAUGGACGAGAUGAUGGCCGCCAUGGUGCUGACGUCCCUGUCCUGCAGCCCCAUCGUGCAGAGUCCUCCUGGGGCCGAGGCCAACUUCUCUGCUUCCCGUGGGGCCUGCGACCCGUGGAGGGAGGGUGGCGACGUGUCGGACAGUGGCAGCAGCACCACCAGCGGGCACUGGAGCGGGGGCAGCGGCAUCUCCACGCCUUCGCCCCCCCACCCCCAGGCCAGCCCCAAGUAUUUGGGGGACGCCUUUGGUUCUCCCCAGACUGAUCACGGCUUUGAGACUGAUCCUGACCCUUUCCUGUUGGAUGAACCAGCCCCACGGAAGAGGAGGAACUCCGUGAAGGUGAUGUACAAGUGCCUGUGGCCAAGCUGUGGCAAAGUCCUUCGCUCCAUCGUGGGCAUCAAACGACAUGUGAAAGCCCUCCACCUGGGGGACACUGUGGACUCUGACCAGUUCAAGCGGGAGGAGGACUUCUACUACACAGAGGUGCAGAUGAAGGAGGAAUCUGCUGCUGCCACCGUGGGCAUCUCUGCCCCCAGGACUCCCACUGCUGAGCCACCUCCCACCCCCAGUGUGACCAGCCUGCCCCCGGCCACUCUUCCACCAGCUCCGCCCAAAGCCCAGUCCUCCGGCCCGGAGCACCCUGGCCUGGAGUCCUCCCUGCCCUCGGGUGCUCUCAGCAAGUCGGCUCCUGGCUCCUUCUGGCACAUUCAGGCUGACCAUGCCUACCAGGCGCUGCCGUCCUUUCAGAUCCCCGUCUCUCCGCACAUCUACACCAGUGUCAGCUGGGCUGCCACCCCCUCUGCCGCCUGCUCCCUCUCUACGGUCCGGAGCCGGUCGCUCAGCUUCAGUGAGCCCCCACAGCCACCACCUGCAGUGAAAUCUCACCUGAUCGUCACGUCUCCCCCUCGGGCCCAGAGCAGCGCCAGGAAAGCCCGUGGGGAGGCCAAGAAGUGCCGCAAGGUGUAUGGCAUCGAGCACCGGGACCAGUGGUGCACGGCCUGCCGCUGGAAGAAAGCCUGCCAGCGGUUCCUGGACUGAGCCCACUGCUGACACCAGAAAGAUAGAGUGCAGGAGUGUGGGGUGUGGGCUCUGCUGGCUAAAGUGUAACACUCGAAACGUUUUUCCCCUUAUAAGAGGGAAUGUUUUAUUUUUUAAAAGAAAUGAAAAAAUUUUUUUUCCCCUAAAGUAGGAGAGAGCCAAAACUGACCAAGGGUAUUCUGCAGCGAACCGGAGACCAAAGAAUGAAUGACCGUCCCUUCCCCACGCCCCCGUCUCCAGGGGAUCAGCUUGUUCCUAUCAAGAAGGAACAGCCCAUGCUCUUUCCUGCUGAGUUGGUGAAUUCUUUGCUCUCUCAACUCUUCUAGAAAGGACUGUGAGCAAGAUUUUUCUUUACUUUUCUUUAAAAAAGACCCAAGUUUCUGGCUGUUGGCUGACUCAGAGCAGGACUGCCUGGAUGGGGCGGGAGGCGGGGGGGUCUGUGCGCUUUUCAGGUGGGGCCCCACUUCCCCGUCCAGGCAGCUUCUACGGAAGUAAAAGGAAAACCCCUUCUUGGUGACAGCUGUUUGAAUCUGGGUUCCCUCCAACGUUGGGUUGCAUCCCAACAAAUCUUAUAUGGCUUCUUUUCAAAGCUCAGACUAACAGAUUUUUAAAGACUGUCCCCAAAUAGCCAAAAGGCUACUAAGAAUUCACUUUUUGAAAUGUGGCAGUUAAACACUACCUUGAUCAUUCUUUCCUCUUUCCUUGAGGAACUACUGGAGGGUUUCAGUAUCUGAGGAAACCCUCUUCUUACCUGAAGAAACUCCCUCCAGACAUCUCCUCCUCCAGUUAUGGAAAGGACCUCCUAAAACACUUUGUUUUCUUUUAUGUGUAUCCGGAAGGCUUUACGGAUUAAAGCUUCCCUUACUUGGGUGGCCCUGAGACCCUGGAGGCUCCUUUUUGUCUCUGGGCUUCUCCAAGGGUUUCCCUCGGAGAGGGUCCUUGUGGGCGUGCGAUUCACAUGGAGGACACCUUGUGAGGAAGACGCUGGUGUUUCUGGAGACCACAGGAAUUUAGGGGAGACUGGGCUGUGCUGAGGUUAAUAAGCAAAGCUGUUCUUGUUGAGAAGGAGGGAGAUCUAAGAGCUACGCACCCUGCCCGCUGGUGAUGCGUGAAGACUGAGCAAACCAGCCUGACAGCACAGCACGUUUCUGUGGUGGAGUCCCCUUCCUCUAAGUGUCACUUGUGUGGGGAUUCCUCAGGGCCUUGAAUGUG